CUCUGACUCUCCAUCACGCCUGCUCUGGCUGAUGGACUCUGUAGGAGCACUGCUGAGGGGUGCUGGACUUCUCUGAGGUUUUUCAUUGGCGCACUGGAGGCCACAAGCUCCAGUCAGGAAACGUGUCAAGUUUCAGGGAGCGGGUGGGGGAGUGACAUUUCUUCAGGGAGAGAGAGCGAGCGAGCGAGAGAGAGAGAGAGAGAGAGAGAAAGCGCGUAAGAGGAAGGAGGAGGAAAAAAAACCUGACAAAAGCGUAUGAGAAGAAGCCUGAGGUCCUCGGAGACUGAGAAGAGCUUUGGCGCUCAGUGACCGGACUGAUCUCCUCGUGCUAGCGUGUAAUGCGUGUUUACUGUGCGUGCGCGCGCUGCUUUAACUUUGUUGCACGUUUUCAAAGGAGUUCUUCUUCUUCUUCUUCAUAGCUGAUCCUGGACGAGCGCAGUUUGCGGACCAUCUAAGAAGUCCAGGAGGAUCUUACAUCGGGCAAGAACCCGAAUGAGUCUAAAGGAGAGGAAAAACGCCGCAUCGCUCUGCUUUCUGCAAAACUAUUUGGACGGAUAAUAAAAACAAUCAUAAAUGAAUAAAUAAUAAUCAAAACUAAAAUUCCAGAGGAGGUUUUGUUGCGACGCUCCCAUCCGGCGCUUCUGCUCUCCGAGAAGGAUCACUGAUUGGUUCCUCCACUUUUUUGUUUGUUUUGUUUAUUUAUUUAUUUGCUUUUUGACGACUUGUGGAAUUUGGAAUAGUGAACUUUUUUCGAGAAGUUUGGAAGAAAAAGUAAAAAAAAAGAGAGAAGUCGUUUGUUUCACUCGUUCAUGCGGAUUAAGAAGAUCAGCGACCCGGGCCGCAGGAGUGAUCGGAUCCUUCCAGUGAGCUUCAGUUCAUGAGCAGCCGUCUGCAGUUCAUGGUUGGGUGGAGGUCAUCAGAUGGGAUCAGUGUCCAGGGGGAGGUGGAGGAAAGGAGGAUGGGGAGGUGUGUCCGCCACUGACGCCAUGCCCACCUGGCCAUGGCUCACGGUUCUGCUUCUGCUCGUGAGUCUGGCAUCAGCUGUCCGGGCUCGGCCGCCCAUCGUUCCCAGCGAAGAGGAGGAGGCCACGAUUGCUGACGAGCCUCCCAUCAUUUCCGAGAGCACAAAGGCCACCGUGUGCUCAGUGCACCCAGGAGACAUUGUGAAGCUCAACUGCCCGCUGCCCGAGGCAGCUGCCAUCGUGUGGACCAAAGACGGCACGUCGCUUAUACCGGACAACCGUACGCUCAUUGAGCGCGAGCAGCUGCACAUCCGCCAUGCCGCACCAACCGACUCGGGCCUGUACGCAUGCCAGGCCAUGGGCACUAAGGCCAUUGAUCCCAUUUGCUUCAUUGUUAAUGUCACAGAUACCAUCUCAUCCGGUGACGAUCAGGACGACGCUGAGCGGUCAGAUGAUGUCGGGGCAGACACCGAACAGAUGCGGGCACCGCGCUGGACCUCGCCAGAAAAGAUGGAGAAAAGGCUCCACGCUGUACCGGCAGCCAACACGGUGAAAUUCCGAUGUGCAGCGGUGGGAAACCCAAACCCGACACUACACUGGCUCAAAAACGGCAGACCGUUCAAGCCAGAAGACCGCAUGGGUGGCUACAGGGUCCGACACCAGCACUGGACUUUGAUCAUGGAGAGUGUGGUUCCUUCUGAUAAAGGCAACUACACCUGCGUAGUGGAGAACAAAUAUGGCUCGAUCAACCACACCUAUACCCUGGAUGUAGUUGAACGUUCUCCACACCGGCCCAUUCUCCAGGCAGGUCUGCCUGCUAACGCCACGGUACACGUGGGAGAAGAGGUUCGCUUUGUGUGUAAGGUGUACAGUGACGCCCAGCCGCACAUCCAGUGGCUCCAUCACAUCACGAAGAACGGAAGCCACUACGCUCCUAACGGAGACCCAUACGUCCGGGUCCUCAAGACGGCAGGUGUAAACACUACGGAUAAAGAGAUUGAGGUCCUCUUCUUGCCCAACGUUACUUUCCAGGAUGCUGGUGAAUAUACGUGCUUGGCGGGUAACUCUAUUGGGAUCUCCUUUCACUCUGCUUGGUUGACGGUUCUUCCAGCCGACAGGAGCAUUGCCGAGCCAGAAUAUCCUCCGGACUACGUCGAGAUCGCUAUCUACUGCAUCGGCGUGUUCCUCAUCACCUGCAUGGUGGUGAUCGUGAUCGUCUGCCGAAUGCGCACUUCUAUCAAGAAGCCUGAUUUCGGAGGCCAACCUGCUGUGCACAAGCUCACCAAGCAGAUCCCACUGCGCCGCCAGGUAACAGUUUCGGCCGACUCGAGCUCCUCCAUGAGCUCCAGCACGCCGCUGGUGAGAAUCACGACACGCAGGAGCUCUGAUCACGAGCACAUCAUUCCCGAGUACGAGCUCCCCGAAGAUCCACGCUGGGAAUUCUCCAGAGACAAGCUGACGCUGGGCAAGCCGCUCGGGGAAGGCUGUUUCGGCCAGGUGGUGAUGGCAGAAGCUCUGGGCAUCGAUAAGGACAAACCCAAAGAAGCCUUAACUGUAGCAGUCAAGAUGUUGAAAGACGACGCGACCGAAAAGGACCUCUCAGACCUGGUGUCAGAGAUGGAGAUGAUGAAGAUGAUUGGCCGGCAUAAAAACAUCAUCAACUUGCUGGGAGCGUGUACGCAAGACGGUCCUCUGUACGUCAUAGUGGAAUACGCAUCCAAAGGGAACCUGAGGGAGUUCCUGAGGGCCAGAAGACCCCCGGGGAUGGAGUACUCGUACGACAUCGCUCGUGUUUCUGAAGAACCUCUUACCUUUAAAGAUCUGGUCUCCUGCACUUAUCAGGUGGCUCGCGGCAUGGAGUACCUCGCCUCGCAGAAGUGCAUACACCGAGACCUAGCUGCCAGAAACGUGUUGGUCACCGAGAGCAACGUGAUGAAGAUCGCAGACUUCGGUUUGGCCAGGGACGUCCACAACAUCGAUUACUAUAAAAAGACCACCAACGGUCGCUUGCCGGUGAAGUGGAUGGCUCCCGAGGCGCUUUUCGACCGCGUGUACACACACCAGAGCGAUGUAUGGUCGUUCGGGGUGCUGAUGUGGGAGAUCUUCACAUUGGGUGGCUCACCGUAUCCCGGAAUUCCUGUGGAAGAGCUCUUCAAACUCCUAAAGGAGGGACAUCGCAUGGACAAACCAGCCAACUGCACCAACGAUCUGUACAUGAUGAUGAAAGACUGUUGGCACGCGAUCUCUUCACACAGGCCCACGUUCAAGCAGCUGGUGGAGGAUUUGGACCGCAUUCUCACGCUGGCGAGCCAAGAGGAAUACAUUGACCUGUGCACUCCAACAGAACAGUACUCGCCGUGUUUCCCAGACACUCGCAGCUCCUGCUCAUCCGGAGACGACUCUGUGUUUUCUCACGAGCCUUUACCAGACGAGCCGUGCCUUCCGAAAUACCAGCACAUCAACGGUGGCAUCAAAACAUGAGGCUUCCUGGAAGCAAAUCCACAACUCCUCAAACUCUUGUCUUCCUUGACUUUCCUUCUCUCGCUGCUCCUGCUGGACUUCCGGAGCACAUGAUGCAGGGAUUCCCGGCGAUGCUGCUGUCCUUUACCAUGAACUAGUGAAUAAAAUACAUGACCAAGCUCUUAAACAGAGAUCGAGGACCCUUUAAAACUCGUUAUUUUGACUGAAAGACUGUCGUUCCUCAGGGGGUCCUCGCUCUGAAUGUUUUUUUUUUUGUUUUUUUUUCAUUCAGCUGUGUGUUCUCGACGUUCUUCAGCGCUCUGGCCAGUGAUUUCCACUUUGCAGCUCGCCAUUUUACUUAAACUCUCUCCGUUACUGAGAGAGGAACAAAAAAAGGAAAAGGACCACGUCAAACACAACGAGCAGGAGACUAAAACGAAAAACAGGAAACUUGUUAAAAAAAAAAGAAAAACUCCAACUAGCACAUAAAAGGACAUGAAAGAAAAUAAAAACACUGCGUACGCUCUAUUUUUCGAAAGAUUUUUUCUUUUUACAUUCCGUUUUUAUAUUGAUAACGCAGUUAUCAAAAUUAAAGCCCAUGCAGUUAUUCUUAAAGGAUAAAAAAUUACAUGGUAUAUAAUUUUGGGUAUAUUUGUAAAUAUAUUAAAAAUGUGUAAAAUAUACAAAUUUAUAUAUAAAUAUUAUAUUUACAGUGAAUUAUUUUUUGUAUGGACUCCUGAAUAAUUCCUCUUUUUUCCUGUUCACUUUUGUCAAGUGGACAAAUAUCUUGGAUUUUUUUUUUUUUUUUACAUGAUGUAUUGUUUUUUUUUUCUAUUCGACAGCAUUCCCAGCAUAUGUUCACACACACACACACACACACACACACACACACACACACACACACACACACACACACACACACACACACACUUGCUGACACAGCAUUGGCUUUCAGGGAAAGAGAUCGCAUGUUAAUUUAUUUUGUAAAAUUAUACAAAAAAAAGUAAAGAAUGAAAAUAUGAAUGAAUUACAUCAGAAGAAAUUAUUCAUAAUGAAUGUUUUUUUUUUUUUUUAACUUAAAGAGAUUUCAUUGACGCAAUGGUACAAAGAAUGACUUUUGUUGUAGUGGGUACUCAGCACAUUAAUGCUUCCAAUGGUUUUUAUAUACACAAAUGUGAAUGUUAAGUUAAAUAUAAAAUAACGUACAUUUUUAUAGCCAGCUAAUCCCUUUUUAUUUUUAUUUUUAUUUUUUUUGUAGAGGAUCUUGUUUUUAACCAGCUAAUUUUACUCUGUGCCAAGAAUUUUGCAUUUGAAUGUGAUCAAUUCAGGAUAUUUGUUGUUGUUUUGCAGAAACACAGAAUGUUAGGCUUUGGUUGAUCGAUUAGCAGGUACAACAUAGUUUUUUGGAAUCAUUAAAACACACCUACACACACACACACACACACACACACACACACACACACACACACGCACAUACGCACACGUGUUUGUGCGCAAAAAAGUAUUACAGUUUCUUUACAUUAUCUACCUGACAGCUGAGAUGAUGAUGUUCUCGACAAGUGUUCCUGAUAGAUUUGCAAAAUUAAAGUAAAAAAAACC